GAGUGAAAUAUACAAAAAUCGACAGCAAAAGUUUUCAAAACUUUUCAGUGAGACGUUACCUUUGAAAAUGUGAUGUUCUAAUGAAAGUAUUUCUAAGCAAGAUCCGGUGAAAUUUUAGUGAGAAGCUCUCUCUGAGUGUGUGUAUUUAUAUAUUUAUUUAAUAAGUGCGGGAAAUAACCGAUAUCAAGAGCGUGUUUAACUAAAAUUCGAUUCGUAUCUGUGCUAUAAACUGAAAUUGUUUGUGGUUAUGUGGAUAUAAUAAUUUUGUUUGUCUAGUGAAUUACAUAUUUUCGUUGUAAGUAUCUAACUGGAUGACAACUACGAGCGAAAUUCGAACGGAACUAUGAGUUAUCUAAAAUUAAUUUAAAUAAAUUUUUGUUUGUUAAAAAUUCAAACAAACAAAUAAAAAUUUAAUAUUAAAUAAAAUUCACAAUAAUAUUUCAACAUAUUACUUCAUAGUCAGUGAUAAUUCAUACAAUGGGAAAAGUAAAUCGACGCCUACUUCCUAUUAAGGCGCAUUUUCUUUUUUUCAUGGCCGCUAUGGGACCUAUUUUACCGCAAUUAUCUGUACUAGGCAAAGAAAUAGGUAUAUCUCCUGAAAUAAUGGGUGUUAUAACAUCAAUACUACCAAUUAUGUAUAUUAUUGCUAAGCCAUUAUUCGGUUUUGUAGCAGACUAUUUUAUGAAAUUGCGGAAAGUAAUUUUUUUACUCUUGAUUUUAACCAUGACCCUAUCCUAUGGAGCAUUUUAUUUCAUACCGAAUCAACAAAAUCAUAUAAUAAACGUUAACAGUAGUACAGAGUUAACUGUUUGGAGUCUGCAAAUUUGUACCAAAGAUGUAUUAACAAGUUCCUCGCUUUGUUCGUCAACGCGAGGUGGCUUAUGCUCAGACCAGGAGUCCACAUUUGAAGUAAACUUUAUCGAUUUAAAUAACAUAAAAAAUCAUGAAGCAAUUCUCGAAAGUAAUGCACACCUAUUGAAUUUGCACGUGUGUCUCCCAAUGGAGAACUUUUCCAACAGCUCAGUUAGUAUGGUACCAAUUCACUUGAAUUGUACAGUGUAUGACUUUAAGACGGAAGAUUGUUUAUAUCGCUCCUCGACAUUUUGGCUAUUUGUGAUAUUUAUGUGUAUGGGUACUAUUGGCUUCAAUGUCACAAACUCAAUAUCCGAUGCAAUAUGCUUUGACAUGUUGGGUAAAGACGAUGAAGACAAAUAUGGAGCACAACGUGUAUGGGGAACUAUUGGUUUCGGUUUAACGGCUUUAUUAUCUGGUAUUGUUGUUGAUCUUUGGACCGUAGACACAAUAAAAAGUUUUACACCCGCAUUGUUGAUAAUGCUGAUUUUUAGUUCUUUAGAUAUGAUAAGUGUAUCUAAAUUGAAAUUACCCCAACUUUCGGCAUCCGAAUCGAUUUUUAAAGACGUUUUGAAAUUAAUUUCGCUUAAACCAAUUGCAAUAUUUUUAAUUUUUGCUACAAUGGCUGGCAUAAUAGAUUCAUUCAUAAUAUAUUUCAUGUUUUGGCACAUGGAAGAAGUUGCAGCCGAAACUGGUUUCAUGAGCCAAAUAAAGUUAAUUGAAGGAUGUGUUGUUGCUGCUGAAUGUUUGGCUGGCGAAGUACCUUUCUUCUUUUACAGUGGAAAGAUUAUUAAAAAACUUGGAUACAUAAAUUGUAUGAGCAUGUGCUUCUUCUUCUAUGCAGUGCGUCUUGCACUCAUCGCUUGGAUACCAAAUCCUUGGUAUUUAGUAGGCGUGGAAUUAUUCUUUCAAGGUGUUACUUAUGCAUUAUGUUACACGUGCAUAGUGGCAUAUGCAAGUGCUGUUGCACCCCCAGGAACAUCUGCAACUGUGCAAGGAUUAAUGGCAGGAAUGGAUGAUGGAUUAGGUUUUUCAAUUGGUUCACUGAUAGGUGGUUUAAGUUUUAAACACUUCGGCGGAAGGAGAAGUUUUGCUUACUUCGCUGUAGCGGCUAUUAUAACAUGUGGUGCACACAUUAUUUUAAGGCCGUUGUCCCGAAAACAACAAUAUUUACCUAAUAGUGAAUAUAUGGCGCCUACUGAACAAAAUGAGACGAACGAAAGUAAGAUAUAGUAAUUAUAUUUUUUAGUAUUUUUUUUAUAUAUUUGUAUUAUAUAUAUUGUUUAAAUGA